AUGAUCAGUGGUAUUGACUGGAGCUCAUACUCAUAAUUCAUUACAUUAAAAGGUGGUCCUCUUUCGAAAGAUGGUCCUCUUGGAUACAAAGGUCCUUUAAAUCCUGAUAUUUACACUGGAAAAAUUGAACCUGGAAAAAGUCUUUUUGCUAAAAGUAGCUUUGCCUAACAUUUGAGAGGACUUGGUAUUUUCUCUACUCUUGGUCCUAUUGGACCUCUUGGUGCUCUUGGUCCCUUAGGUCCUCUAGGUCCUAUAGGUGGUCACGGUUUCAAAGCUACUAACGAUGGAUAAUUUGUUAAUAGCCAAGGAUAAGUCUAAAGAACUGUUACUGUAGAUUAUGAUGGUAAAACCAAAAGAACUUAUAGUCUUUUUGAAGCUUAUACCUCAUAAUUCGCUAAAAAGAACCCUUAAGUUCUUGACACUAGUUUUAUGAUUCUAGGUACUGUUAAUGAUUUUGAUUCUAGCAAGUUGGAGAAAUACACUUUUAUUUCUAAUGAUGAUCAAAUAGUUACAAUUGUUGUAGUUCCUGAAAAAUCUCUUGAUGAUUUUUCUCUUGGAGUUUAUGAUUAAAAUGGAAAAUUAAUUGCUACUUCUGAUAAUUCUGACUUAGUUGAAACCAUCACUUUAAAAGCAAAGAAGGGAUAAAAGCUAACAGCCUCUAUUAAGCUCUCCUCAAGUGCCUAAAUUUUUUCAAAAACAUACAGACUUAUUGUAACUGGGUCUACUUCAUAUUUAAAUAUGAAUGAAGCAUCUGGAAAUCAUUUAAGUUAAUAUUAUCAAGGCCCUUAAUCAAAUAAAUUCGGAAAAAAUAUCAAGGUUAACUAUCUCAGAAGCGUUUGA